AUGUUGUGGAAGGUAUUCCUACUUGUGGGGCUUAUUGUGCUGGGAAUUCAUGAUUGCAGCUUCAAAUUCGUAGAAAUCAGCAAGAAUGAUAAGUAUUUUGGCAUUUCUGUGGAGUAUGUUGUGUUCCACUUCAAUGAAAACCAAGAUGAUAAUUUUGCCUACAAGUUCCUGAGAGUCCGGAGAAGCCUGCAUCAGAAAGGUGAUUCGAUAUUUUUAAUAGACCUGGAGAUGGGCCGUACAGUUUGUGAGAAACAUGACGAAGACAUUGACAAUUGCCCAUUGCAGAAAGGCCAAGGAGAGAGAAAGGCACGCUGCACUUAUAUUGUGGAGUCUGAAGCAUGGAUAACUGAGUUCACCAUCUUGAACAGUACCUGUGUGCAUACAUAA